AUGACGUCAUUUUACUUCCUAGCCGCCCUAGCCCCGGCCCGUGCGAUCUGCGAAGACCAUCGCAGAUCGUCUCCCGCCAUCAUCCAAUCCACAAUCCCACAAACACCUUUCGGACCUGAGCGCGUGGCCAAUGUGUCGUACAUGAUGCUUGAAAUUGCAGCCUUCAAUCCUCACUCGGCCAUUGCCGCCGCAAAAUCAGGCGCCCAUCGGAUUGAACUAUGUGCCGACUACGCUGCUGGUGGCGUCACCCCUUCCCUCUCAGCUUUGCAGCAAGUGCGGAAAGAAACCUCAAUACCAGUCAAUGUCAUGAUCCGACCACGGGGAGGCGACUUCAACUACUCGGACCAAGAGUUUCAGUCCAUGAAGCAAGAGGUGGAGAGUCUAUCGUCUUUGGCCACCGGCUUCGUCUUCGGCAUCUUGGACUACACCCAUCGUCUGGACAAAUCUCGCAACUGCGAGCUAGUAGACAUUGCUUCCCCACUUCCAUGUACAUUCCAUCGUGCAAUCGAUCAAGUAGAAGACAUGGAACAAGCUGUCGAGGCCGUCAUCUGUUGUGGGUUCAAGAGCAUACUGACUAGCGGCGGCAAGAGUACGGCGCUUGAAGGUGCUAAGAAGCUUCACCACUUGCAAACAAGAUUCGGAACAAGGAUAUCACUGAUAGCUGGAGGUGGGGUCCGGAGUACCAAUGCCGAAGAGCUCAGCAAACGGACUGGCAUAGAAUGGCUUCACUCCGCUGCUAUCACACAGCCCGGAGAAGACGUAGACGACGAAGAAGUGAAAAGGAUACAGCAAGUGCUUGCAACAUUUCAGCAUGAACAAGGCAGUAUGUGCUAA